AUAUAUUAUAAUAUACAUCAAUUUAGAAUUAAAAACAAAAUAUUUAUAUUAAAAAAAUAAAAAAUCCGCGUGGUUGCACGGAUCGAGGUUUAGUUAUUCUUAUUUUACAUAUAUAUAUAUAUAUAUAAAUAUAUGAAUCUAUUUUGAAUAAAGUAAUAACUUCAUAAAGUAAUAAAAUAUUAUAGUUUUAACAUUAUUAAUUUAUAGUGUUUUUAAUUUAAAUAUAUCUUGAUAAGCUUGGUAAAUGAUAAUAACAAACCUAAGAUCAGAAAUAUUGUUGCAGUAUCUCAACAACAAAAAAAAAUCUCAACAAAAAGAUUAAAGUGAUCUUCUAGUGAAAGAAUCUAAAUAAAUAUAAAGUGCGACUGUUUUUCUUUAAGGCGAGGAGAUGGCGGCUAGAAUAAGACCGGCGGCAGUAAAACCAGAAUUCGAGGUUGCAGCAUGUGACCAGAAGGAUAACAGUGCGUUGCUCAAAAAACAACACAAUAUUCGUUUUCUUCCUCGUCAAGGCAAACCAGACAAGAAGACGGAGCAUUGCAAAAUCUGUCUGGACGACGUUGAUUCCGACCUAAUGUUCUACGUCGAAAGAUGCGGUCAUCGGUUCUGCAUUAACUGUGUGAAACAACACAUUAACGUGAAGCUGGUCGAUGGCAAGAUACCUAACUGUCCUCAUCACGGAUGCGUCUUCCAUCUCUCUAUCGACAGGUGCGGCGAUCUUUUAAUGUUCAAGGAAAGAUCGGUGUGGAUGCAGAGGAUUAAAGAGAACUCGAUCCCUUUGGCGGAGAGAGUUUAUUGCCCUUAUAAGAGUUGCUCUCACUUAAUGUCCAUGACCGAGCUUUCUCGUAGGGGAUCGUAUUCUGGAUUCGGGAGAUGCUUUAAAUGCCAUGGGGAUUUAUGUGUCCACUGCGGAGUUCCAUGGCAUUUUAAUUUAUCGUGCAACGAUUACAGGAGGCUGUUUCCUAAUAAGUAUCGAGAAGAUGGUGUUCAUGAUGCAAAGCUGAAAUCUUUGGCGAGUCUUAAUGGGUGGCGGCAAUGUCCCAAGUGCUAUCACAUGGUUGGACGCUCUUACGGAUGCAGCCGCAUAAUUUGCAGGUGUGGGAAUGCGUUUUGCUACAAGUGUGGCUACCUCUGGAACAGUGGGUUCCAUGGAGACUGCAACCGAGAGUUCAUCUUCGCUUUUUUUUUUAUGUCAGUUUUGAUUACUCUUCUAAUACUUUGUGUUUUAUUCCACCUCCUUUAGUAA